AUGUUAAAAUUUAUGAAAAAUAUAAUAAAAGCAAAGGUGCCAGUAUUGGCGUAUUAUGGAGAUACGGAUAUUUUAUUAAAACAAAAAUAUCCUUGGUUCUUUGAAAAACAAAUUGGGGGUACUGUUACUGAAUAUUAUGGAUUUACUUUAUUAACAGUUAGAGGUGUUGGACACGUGCUCCCGGAAUGGGCACCUGAAAGGGGAUUGUAUAUUUUAACUCAAUUUUUAAACCUAACUUCUUUUUGA